UGAUUCUUGAACAGCUGCGGGCGCAGGCGAGUGCUGCGGAGUAAAGACGCCAGGCAGAGGUGACAGCAUGGCCUCCCGGGACGCACCGCCGGCCACCAGCUACGCCCCGCCUGACGUGCCCUCGGGGGUCGCCGCCUUGUUCCUCACCAUCCCCUUUGCCUUCUUCCUACCAGAGCUGGUGUUCGGGUUCUGGGUGUGGACUCUGGUGGCUGCUACACACGUCGCAUACCCCUUGCUGCAGGGAUGGGUGCUGUAUGUCUCACUCACCUCCUUUCUCAUCUCCCUGAUGUUCCUGAUGUCCUACUUGUUUGGGUUUUACAAACGAUUUGAGUCCUGGAGAGUCCUGGACAGCCUGUACCACGGCACCACAGGCAUUCUGUACAUGAGUGCCUCUGUCCUGCAAGCAUAUGCCACCAUCAUUUCUGAGGGCCACAACCUGAGCCACUACUACAUCAAUGUUGCAGCCUCGUUCUUUGCUUUCCUCACUACGCUGCUCUAUAUCCUGCACGCCUUCAGCAUCUAUUACCACUGAAGUGCAGGGAGAACCAAACCCGGUGAGACCCGAGAGGCCGCGUGAUUAUCCCUCAAAGCAGGUCUUGUCAUUUGCCAACUGGGUGAUAAACCCACCAAGCCACCCACGGGGCCAACAGACCAUCUUUCUGGAACGAUGAGGAGACUCAUUUUGGACCUUUAUGCUCUUUGUGGUGACUAUGAGAAAACUAUACCCCCACCAAAGAUGACUGCCCCUCCUGAAGAUCCCUGCCACCCUGGCUGCCCUGAAGAUGACUGGCUGCCUUUUGGAGUUUCCCAACCGUGAACUCAGCUGAGCUCGGCUUUUCUAGAAAACUAACCUUGAACCUCUCAGGCACUGUUCAGAAUGCCACCCCUGCUGUUGCCCCCAUCCAGGAUCUCUUUGUUAAUGGUGCUCUGUCUGAUAGGUUUAGGACUUAGUCAAUCUUUUCUCAAACAGGCAAGUCUACACAAAGGCUUGCCAGUCUAAUGGCCUUGCACACGCCUUGCUUGUAGCUUGUGCUAUGGCCCUGGAGCAGUUGAGACCUGCCUUCCCCCGACUCUCCCCUCUCCCCCGCCCCCUCCCGUCACAACCCUACUUCCCAGGUAUUAAGGGCUCAAGGAAAAUGUACAUAAAACCAACUUUGAGAGUAAAUUUGUGGGUGAAAUCA